AAACAGUUCUCACCACAAUCUGCUGCGUAUUCUUCCCAUUCGGAUGGAGAGCUGCAGCCAUGCUUGUGCAGUUCACUGUUGAAGAACGUCAGUGUAGAAAAGUAUUCCGUUGAAAAUAUGGCUCGGCAUAAGCACAGCAAUGAGAGCGCAACCACAACAACACCCCGGCCAGCAGGUGCCAUGUUGUGUUUAAUGUGCAGGUGAGAAGCGCCGUCGCUUUGGUAAUGUAGUUCCAGGGCGCCAAAUUUCUCCAAACACCAGUCGUUGCACAAAAGUCGAAAAGACUUCAUCUCCCGACAAGCAAGCGGAGAGAGCCGCCCCCUCUCUGAUUCCAGGAAGUUCGCUCCUGCAAGCCGGUUGUGUGGUUCAUUUCGCGACAAGAAGCAGAAGAGCAUGGCACAGGCACCGUACAGAUGUAUUGAAUGCAACUCCGAGGCAUAUGAGCUUCACCGUGAUUACAGAAAUGGGAUACUGAAAAUCACCAUAUGUGACUCAUGCCAGAAGCCAGUGGACAAGUAUAUUGAAUAUGAUCCAGUGAUAAUUUUGAUUGAUGCCAUUUUAUGCAAAAUUCAAGCUUUCAGGCACAUAAUAUUCAACACAAAAAUAAACAUACAUUGGAGGCUAUGUGUGUUCUGUCUACUGUGCGAGGCCUACUUGAGGUGGUCACAGCUGCAGGGAUCUGAGCAGAGCAGUGACCCAGCAGACAUAAUCCGGUACACCAAAGAAUGGGAUUUCUAUGGAAUGUUUGGUUUGGCAGCUCUAGAGUUGGGUGUUUACAUGGGUGGAGUGCUGGCCUUCCUGUGGUUGGUACGAGGCUUUCUGAAGUCCAGCCCGGAGCUGCCCAUGCUGCUGAAGGCCCUGCUGCUGUCCAGCUACGGGAAGCUGCUCCUUAUCCCAGCAGUCAUAUGGGAGCAUGACUACUCACCGCUCUGCUUCAGCCUCAUCAAACUCUUUGUGCUCACCUCCAACUCCCAGGCCAUCCGAGUCAUUUUGAACUGCAGUAGAAGGCUGUCCCUCCUGGCAGUGUUUGUGGGGCUCAUGUUUGAAACCUGUGCACCAGUUGCCUGCCAGAGGCUGCAGUCAAGCAUGCCUGACUUUCUGCUGUUCCAGUGACCUGACUCUGACCCACAUCCAGCGCAAAGCGAGGAAAAGCUGACCUCUCCCCAGGCCGGAGCCCAGGCCGGAGCACAGGCGAGGGAAUUAAGAGUCUUGGCGAUAAGACGGCACUGUCAGGAACAUGUCCGCUGGGAGCAAACUGAGACGUUUAGGCCUUUCGCAGUGGCCUCUCAUUGUUUAUAUUAGAGUUAUUCCUAUUCCUGAAGCGCUUUAUGAAAUGCCUGUCAUCUGAGACACUGUUAGGCACUAAGGAAACAUUAUCCAGGGUAUGAGCCACACUGCUUGCAGAUGCCAUGUAUCUAGAAGCAGGUAUUUACUUUAAUAAAGUUCUUUAUUUUUUUAUCUUCUAAUGAAAUUGCCAUUAUUAAGAACUUGUUUAAGAACCGUUUAUGUCGUGUACAUUCAAACCAAAGUGGGGAAAAUGGCCAGUUAUUUUGAAUACUGCAACAGCAAUUGAGGAAUUACAGGAUCUAAAAUGGUGUUUUGUGUUUGUGUUUACAGCCCUCUUUCCUCAGGGCAGACAGUUCUCUAUAUUCUGAGUAAUGGCUGUGGGAGUUUGCACAGUAAUUAACUUGAGAAGUUCUGGAAUUGCAGAUAUUUGGAAUGUACCACAGACCAACUACCCCCCACCCCUUGUGGCUUACAAGUCCACGGGGUACCGUAUAUCUUCAGGCAAUGUUGGAGACUGGCGUUGAUUUUCCUCCGGAUUCAAGGAAUCCAUUUCCUCAAUAAAAAAUAGAAAAAAAGUCUAAAUGCAUAAAAUGGGUGUGUAUUAAAAUGAUCAUUAAGCAAGAGGCCUGUAAAAAGUGUUAAUCACGAAAAAUAUUUAAGAACAGUUGGGUGUUGAAAUAAUAUCUUGUGUGUGGCCAUAAGAGCACUGCAGUCAAACAAGAUCUGAUUUUACCAGCAAUGCAUCUCCCCUCUCUUUUUCAUAAUAAUAUUUUUGUCUUGAACACCGUGACUGCAUAUAUAAUGCUAACGUGUAACAACGCAGUUUUGUUGCAUAUAAUUAUUCAGCUCAGACACAUUCCUGUCAUAGAAUGUGUCGGUUAAAACAAAAUACAAAAAUGUUUUCAAGUUGGGACAGGCGAGUGAAUGUUCACUUGGGAGUUAAUUUGGCUGGGGGACAUUCUGGGCUGAGGCCCUACUCUGAGGCUUCAGUGCAUUUUAAGCAGCUGUUUGAGAAGUCCUGGGUGUCUAGGUCAUAAACAGUCAU